UGGCUUUGGGGUCACUCGGUUCAGUUAGUGAUCUGUGUGCAGGAGGAUCCCAGAGACAGAGACUAAAAAGUUACUUUCAGAACGCAGACCCCUAACAGACACAAACACACAUUUCCAAACUUCAGAAAUACCUAGUGAAUUACUUUGACCGUCCAGACACAGCCCUAACCGACGGAACCCAGCGCACAGCAAGAUCCCACAGCCGCAGAAUUGAGACAGCGAGCGGUUUCAGUGAGACCCUGCCGUCGGUGCAACUGCGGAGGGUCCCUCAGGAUGAAGAUCGGUAAGAUCCGCGGCUUCCUGCUGCUCCCGGACCGGGUGGAGGACUCGGUCUACACCCGGGGCCAGUUGAUGUCGGGCCGGGUGAUCCUUGACCUGAGGGCGGCGGUAGCCAUCCGCUCGCUGCUGGUGUGUGCCCAGGGGAUGGCUGCGGUACACUGGCUGGAGAGCAGGAGCAUCGGUAUGAACACCGUCUACUCUGAUUACAGCUCCCACCAAACUUACUUCAAACAGAGACAGCACGUUAUCCGAGAUAACGGGGACAUCACCCUUCUCCCUGCUGGUCGCCAUGAGUUUUCCUUCAGCUUCCAACUCCCUGAGGAGAACCUGGUGACUUCCUUUGAGGGGAAGCAUGGCAGUGUACGCUACUGGGUUAAAGUCAAACUUCACCGUCCUUGGGCCACCGUGAAGAAAAUCAAGCGGGAGUUCACCGUUAUUGAGCCCAUCGACAUCAACACCCCAUCAUUACUGGCUCCCCAAGCUGGCACAAAGGAGAAGUUGGCUCGGGUCUGGUACUGUAACCUGGGCCAUGUGUCACUGACCGCAAAGAUUGACCGGAAAGGCUACACACCAGGAGAAGUGAUCCCCAUCUUUGCUGAAGUUGAUAACUGCUGUUCCCGCACGGUGACCCCGAAAGCGGCCAUCAUCCAAAUACAGACAUUCAUCGCUCGGGGCACGAUGAAGCAGAAGAGGGCGGUGGUGGCAACAUUGCAAGGCGAGGGUGUGGCCCCCAGGAAGAGGGGGUCGUGGCACGGCCGCCCCCUGAAAAUUCCCCCUGUGUCACCCUCACUCCUGCAGUGCCGCGUGAUUCGGGUGGAAUACAUCCUCCGGGUUUAUGUCGAGAUCCCGGGAACAUCCAAACUGUCCCUGGAGUUGCCCCUCGUCAUCGGCACGAUUCCCCUCCAUCCAUUUGGCAGCCGUUCAUCCAGCAUUGGAAGUCAGUACAGUAUGGAGAUAGACUGGCUACGUCUCAGCAUCCCCGAGAGACCAGAACCACCCCCUGAUUAUUCGGAGGUGGUUUCUGAGGAACAGGCUGAGCGGACUGACCAAGCACUAUCCCUCCCAGAGGAUGAAGAAGCCCUCGAUCAAGUGCUAGAGCGUCCUUUCUUUGCCUACGUACAGGAGUUCCGCUUUCGACCUCCGCCCAUUUACUCUGAGAUUGAUCCUCAUCCUCCGAGAUCAGACAUGCGGCCGCGAUGUAUGACCUGUUGAAGAAUUCACUGCAGCAUGCAACAGAAAGCUUUCAAAAAAAAGAGAAAAGUGAGAUUUUAAAACCGGUUAAAGGGCCUUAGGAUACUUCCUGGGCACCUUGAAAGCAAACUCGGGAUAUUGCUGUCUGCAGAGGAACAAGUUCGUGUCCAGGGAGAGCGUCCUCUGACUUCGGCGGCGAUGGUCUGAGUCAGAUUGGGAUCCACAGCUACCUUUCUGCCUCUUGUGGAACUGUUUUGCUGUCUCCCUUUGUUUGCUCGUUUCUACUGAACUUAACAUCUCAUCGAAAGGUUUCACGUGGUUACUGCCUGUAGCAGACCCAGUGAGUGAUGUGACCGCAAGAGAGGGUGGGUGGAGGGGUCUUCUGUGUAAAGGGCACGGGCUGUAGCUGAAUGAGCUCAACCCUCUCUCCCUCUCCUCCAUGUGAACCGAGAAUUCACCUUGCUGGAGCACUCUGUCAAUCAUCUUGUUAUUUCCAACGUGCGGACUGGGCGCUGAAUGUGUUGGAAUUUGGGGAGGGGCACGUGUUACUAUCUGGCUGUCAGAGUGUGCGUGUGUUCCGGGGCCAACCCGGUUUAACCAGUCAGCGUUUUGAGAGUUUGCACGGGGUUCGGUUGGGUCCCAGUCUGUCAGGUGUACUCCCUCACACUAAGUUGGAUCUGUAUUAUAAUUACGACCCCUCCCAAUGAUCGCAGUAUGCCAACAGAGAAAUGUGGGAUCAAGUGUUGGAGCUGAAACACUGUUGGGUGUGAGAGGAUGGUCUUCUAGGGAAGACGUAAGAAAUGUUGUGAAAACGUUGUUUAAUUCCUCUGUUGUCCACUUGCGAUAACCUCUAGUCCCGAUUCCAAGAAACCCUUCUGAAGUGUCAGACCCCUCUGGUUGUGGGAAAAUGUGUUCCAGAACACCCUGAGCUUAAGGGCAGUUGUGCAAAGCUGACUUCUUCCACCACUAUGAUCAAUAAUUAUUUCUAAUAACUUUUUAUAUUGUUUUAAAACUGGAUGUCCUGAAGGUUUUUCCCCAGGUAAAUGAAUGCAGAAUGAAUCCGAAGGAGGAAGGUCAGGUAAACAAUGGAAUUAGCAAAGGUUUUUAAGAAGCGACAGGUGGAGAAGCAGAGUGAGGGAUUGGGGAAGGAAUGAGAGAAAGAGAGAGGGGAGAUUUCAUAAGAUAUUAAUGAGCAGAGCAAUGACCAUUCAUGCAACCCCCAUGAGAAGGAUCUGCAGAAAGGUAAUGAGUGAUUUUGCUCUGCCUAAGUUACACAUAAACCGUUUUCUUAGAAAAUGGGUGAGGACAGAGACAAAGAGAUGACAGUGUUAAUGAUCUAACUUCCAAUAUUAUGAAGUUGUUUCCAUGUGUGACCCAGAUACUAGGUUUCAGGGACUUGCUGCUUUUAGAAGGGAACCUUUUCUUUCUCUCCAUUUCUUUCAUUAAUUGAAGAAAGAAUACCAUCAGCAACCUGCAUUUCUGUAGCACCUUUCUAAGUAAUUAAGCAUUCCAGGAUGCUUUGCAUCUGUGUAAGGAGGUUAGUUCAAUCAAAGGGGUACGCUAUGAGGCGCAAUUUAAGGAACAUGGGUAUAUUUGAGGAGGACAGUGAGGUGUAUAGGUUUAGGGAGGGAUUUACAGAGUCUACAGUCGAAGCAACUGAAAGCAUGCUCGUCUUUUGGUGGACCGAUUUAAAAUUGAGACAACUGAAGAGGCCAGAGCUGUAGGAAUGUGGGAAUCUGGAAUGUUGUAGAAGGGUAUAGGGAUAGUAAAGAGUGUGGUCGUGUUGAAUAUAUAGAAAAGACGACUGAGGGUUAUAAAGACCCAAGUUGUGCUUAAAAUAGAGACAUUGUAGGUCAGUGAGCACAGGGAGCUGAUUGGUGAAUAGAACCUGGUGUGAUUUAGGAUGACCAACGAGCAGAGUUUUGAAUGACAGGUAUACGGGGAGUAGAACAGGCAGUCUGCUGACAUUGUACAUUAGUUUUUGAUAUCUUGCAUAAUUGACUGUUGACAGAAGAAAGGUUGCUACUUAAAGAUCUGCAAUAACUUAAUAGAUUGGUGUAGUAACGGGAGUAUAGCGUCACCAGUUCUCUUGGAUUGUCCUGGAGUCUUAUCGGUUUAAUACCCAAGCAAUGACAUGAUCAAAACUUUGGGAAGAACUAUCAAUGCAUUCAAACAUUCAUGUUUUAAAACAUUGAUUAUUACAGAUGGCUUUACAAAGCUCCUGGUUACGUGCUGUCCAGUUAGGAGUUAGCAAAGAGGUUAUUUACUGCUGCUUAGCUGGGGAAGGUUGGGGCACCAUGGGAAUGGACACCUCAGACAGCCCAUAAUGGGAAAGUGGAGCAUAGACUGGUGGAAAUGUGUCCAAGCAUCCAGGAAUGUACCCAGCCUGAGUUGGCAACCCCUGGGUUUAUGGAGAAUUUUGAGCAAUACUUUUGGUUAUCAAUGGAAGAAGAUUGGAAUAAAAUCUGUCUUCGUUGUGUGUAUAAAAUCUUACACAUGUUUCAGACUGUUAAAUUGUCGUUUUUAAAAAAAAAGAUAUUUUUGUAUUUUUUUUCUUUACAAUAAAAUAUCAGAUUAUCCUA